AUGUGGCUUGAGCUUCACCUCUCUAGUAUAAAUAGAGUUUAUUCUCAGCCACCGUGCCUCCAGGCAGAGAGCCUCAUUAUAGCACCAUCUCUCCUCCAGCAGCCCCCCACUAUUCUGCAGCAUCUUCCAGCAACCAUGAUGCCUUCUGGCUCUGCUCCUUCCAUUAGGCCUGGUGGUCAUGUCAAGGAGGCUACAGCAGACUGCCUUGAGCUGAUCAUGAUCCAGAAUGCCCAGAUGCACCAGGUCAUCAUGAAUAACAUGGCAAUAUUGGCUCUCAGCUCGUUCGGAUGCUCCAGCUCUCUGUCGGGCCCUGGGGUGGGUAUCAGACAAGGAUCAGGGUCAGUUCAUUCCAUAAAGUGUCAAAUUUUAUUAAAAUGGAUAUUGACUUUUGGAAUGGAGAAAAAUUCACAUUAAUUUGUUCAGUGUGUUGGAGUGUAUCACCCACAUUAUCACAUUUUUCCAAUCCACAUGUAAAAACAAUGUCAGCUUCUAUAUGAUAGCGUCCCAAAUUCCAAAGUUUCCUCCCACCUCACUGUUGAUGUGUUGAAACUCAAAUGUGUUUUAUGUUUCAAGAUAUCAACGGUGAGUUGCAUGGAAUUGUUGGGCUGUUGGAUGUUAAAACAAAAUACACAGUAUGUAACUCCUAUUUGUUGAAUGGAACUGGGAAACUAUGGACAUAAUCGAGGACUGAGUCUCUUUGUUGGGUAAAACUGUUUACAUUUACAUUUAUAAUUUUGUGAAUAAAUAAUGAAACUUGUUGUUAGUCCUUAUAAAUUCUUAAAAUACAUAAACAAGGUUUUUCAGUUCUAACACAAAAGAUAUUGUUAGUUAAGUAGUGAAAACUUUGUAAUGAUUUUAAAGGCAGGAAACAUUUUCUCUUCAGAGGCUCACCUGUGUCAGGCAGAUUCAAUCUGUGUAUUAGUCCAUGAAAAUCAUUCCUAAAAUAGCUCAAACUUUCUCAAGCUUUGAAGACACAUGGGUGUUAAUUACUGCAGGUGUGGCAGGACGUAAUUAAAGUAAAUUGGUGCUAUGUUGUCGAUUUGAUUUAAAUACAUUGCAAAGAUUAAGCAAAACUUGAUAGAAAUCUAUUUUAAGGACAUUAAUGCUUUUCAAGUCAGAUGAGCUUUUAGAGGUCUAUUGGCUUUGUCAUAUCUUUAGUUGAGAUUUCAACCCACACAUUUUUUUUUUUAUGAGACAGGAUGUUCAGGGAAGCAAGGAACGGGAUGUUUCAUGUCUGAGAUGUACUUGGGCUUUUUAAUAACACUAUCAGAAAUGUAGAAAAAGAAGAUGUGUGCAUAAAAAUCACAACUAAGCAACUAGUUAGUUUUUCUCACUAAAUGAGACCUGAAUGAAGAGAAAUGCUUUCCAUUCUCUGUCACCUAAGUCAGUAGGACUCAAACUUCAAAAUCCCAUGGUAGGUUUCAGAGUAGUAACAUGAUGCAUCUGGGGCCCAUUUAAUAAAUCUGUAUGGUAAAGAAGACACUAAACUGUGUUUUAUGUAUCAGUUGUCAUUGGGCCUUUAAUCAUUGCCCAUUUAUACACACAUAAGAGAUGUAACACACUCAUUACUAUUUUUUCUUUUCAUGAGUUUCCCUCACCCAGCAGCGCUAAGACGUCACGCCUGCAGCAGGUAAAACCAACCACAGAGCAACACCCAGCCAAUAGCCAAUUAACAGGGCCGCUCCUGUGAUGUCAUGGGGCCCUUCACAGCUGGGUGACAAGAGAAGUGCCAACAACAGGCUUUACAGUAAUUGUGAUGAGAAGUGUACUGAUUGGGAAAGAUGCUUGUGACUAUAAUGCCGUUGAUUGUGAAUGGCUGAAGAUAUGAGUUAAUCAGAUGCUUUCGAUUUGCAUGAUGUUUUAUCUUUUUCUUUAAAUAGAGAAAAAUUGUGCUGCCGAAACAGAGAAAAAGAGAGAAAUAUACAAU